AUGCCAAUUAAUAGGAAAAGAUCUCUUAGUCCAAAUACAGAGUCAUCUUUCACAAAAGAUGGUUCUGAUGAACAGAAAAGAUCCACACUUUCAUCAUAUUUUUCAAAAUUUAAACAAUCGUUCUUAUCCCCAUCUCCAACUGCAGAAACUAAAGAUAACGAUUCACAACCAAAUGAAUCACCAGCUGAGGUUAAUAUUGAUAAUGAUUCUUUAACUAAUUUCACACCAUCAGAUAAAAGAAGAAGAUUAUCUAUCCAGGGGCAUCCUUCUCCUCAGCAAAUCCCAAGAUCUUCUGUUGCUUAUAGUGCACAAUUCUUGCCUCGUCAAAGAUCAUACCUGAUCAUCUACAAUGGGGUUAAGACAAACGAAGAGGAAUUGAACAAUGAUUUGGAGGUUAGAGUUACAGCCAAAGAAUUACAAAGUAGCACCAACGACCGUGAUGAUUCUCCUUUGUUGGACUUGCCUCCGGCACCAAAUUCUGAUAUCAUUCUUGGAGGUGGUGAAAUUGAUGAGAAAGUAGCAGUUGAAGAAGAGAAAGAUGAUAAUGGAAAUGUUGCAGAAUUCCAAGAAGUGAUUGAGUAUGCCCCAUUGUACCAAGAUGAAAGUGGGAAUAUUGUUCGUCCACCGUUCAUUAAUUUGGACCCAAGAGAAAGAUACCAGUUGUUACAGUUAAAACGUUCUAUUGAAACAUCAGAAGCUUUACAAAGUAGAAUAAAGUAUAUGGUGAAUCCUAAUGAGACACAAAGCAGGAAGAUCAAAGGAACUAACAAAGUUGAAACUUCGACUCAAACUCAUGACAUUGAUUAUUUGAAUACAAAGUUAAGUUUCAAAAGGAAAUCCGAACCUCAUAGUUUAAUUCAACAACGUCCCUUGAAGAAACAAAAGCGUAGAGGAUUUGCAAUGCCAGUUUUAGAAUAUGAUAUUACGCCCAAAGAACCAGUUGUUUCUACUUCUUCUUUGAAUGGAGUUUUAGGUGAAGUCAGUAAACCUAAAUUUAAAGAUCUGACUAUUGUUGAAGACAAGAAAAUAACUCGUAUUAUCCCCAGAGAAGAUGAAGAACCAAUUUCGAAAAAGUUUGCCAAACCAAGCGGAACUGGUAACCGUGAUUUAUUUGGCAGAGAGGAUACUAGUACUUUGAAAUUGGAUGAUAAUUAUAUCAAACAAACUGAUUCGAUAUCGGAUAUCAUCAAGCUCAAAGAUAAUUUGGAAGAGACAAAUAAGACAAAGAAAGUUUCUGUUGGUCCAUCUUCUGGAUUUAAAUUCAACAUUAAGAAAGAUGACUUUAAAGAAGUUUUGGAUGCAAGAAAAGAAAACGACAAAAUGCUUGAAAAUACUAAAUCAACCAAAAGUGGUUUGUUUGAGGAAAAGAAACCAGAAGAAAAGACAAGUUUGUUCAGUAACGACUCAAAGCCGCUGUUCCUGUUUGGUGGAUCCAAGAAACCAGAGCAACCUUCGUUAUUCACCAAAUCUGAUAAUGAUAGCAAAGAACCACCCAAAAUUUCAUUUGGAGGACAACCAGCCCAGACAAAAGAAGCCCCUAAAUUUUCUUUUGGAAAGACAGCUACUCCCGAAGAACCAAAGUUAUUGCUUAAUAAUAACAAGGAAAAAUCAGAGGAACCAAAAACAUCAAGCUUGUUUAGUUUUGGUUCAACAGAAGAGAAGAAAACAACAGAUGCACCAAAACAAGUUUUAUUUGGAGACAAGAAGGAUUCAGAAUCGGAAAAACCAUUAUUCAGUUUUGGUGGACCAAAGAAAGAUGCUGGAACAGCACCUACAUUUUCAUUUGGUGGAAAGAAAGAAUCCACUCCUGCAUCUCUUGAUGACAAAAAAGAUACUCCAAGUAUAUCUUUUUCGUUGACUGCUAACAAGAAGGAAGAAGAAAAGCCUAAACUAGAUGAAGCAAAACCAUUAUUUUCAUUCAGCGGUGCCACAUCAAAAGAUUCAACGCCAUCUAUACCAAAUACAGCAUCACCAACUCCAUUUUCUUUUGGUGUCCAAGCGAAAGAUGACAAAAAGGAUGAACAACCAAAAUCAGGGUUAUUCUCACUUCCUCAAAGUAAAACCGACACGGCAACUCUGGCAGGAAGCACAUUCAAGUUUGGAACUAGUAAUGACAAAUCCCAAAAACGUCAACUUGACGAUGAUAAUGCAAAAACUGAAACCGAAAAGAAGGACAAGAAUGAAAACCAACAAUCUGUUACCAAAAAGGUUGAUUUUGAAACACCAGCAUCGACCACCCCACAGCCAAUUCUGUUUUCAUUUGGCAGUGCCACUAGUAGUAAUUCGAAGCCUGCAUUUAAUUUGGGAGCCAACACCACUGAAAAGAAUACUAGUACUCCAAGCACUCCAUCUGUUGCUACAUCAACUCCUGCUCCUGCUCCUGGGUCAGGGUCAGGGCCAGGGUCUACACUUACAAAUAACGCUACCAAUGCUCCAAAUGUGGGAGCCUUUUCCUUCAAUACUGCAAGUAAACCAACUCCUCCACCAGUAGGAAAUCCAAACUUUAAAUUUGCAGCUGGAAUCACACCACCAUCUGGAGCCAAGCCACUGUUCAAUUUCAGCGCACCAGCCAGUUCAUCUACACCAACAUUUGGUGGAUUCGGCCAAACACCUGCUUUUGGUGGAAGUGCUACUAGCGCAAGUCCAGCAUUUGGUCAAUCUAACAAUACAGGAGGUGCAUUUGGACAAUCUAACAAUGCAGGAGGCGCAUUUGGACAAUCUGCUCCACCUAGUGUCUUUGGGCAGUCGUCAUCAAGCAAUAACAACACUUUUGGUCAAUCUAGUAAUAUGUUUGGUAGUAAACUGGCUACAAAUAUAACAACAGGUCCUGCUAAUACUGCAUUUGGAAGUAGACCUGCAACACCUACAUUUAACUUUGGAGGUGCAACCAAUCCUGCUGGUAGCACUAAUCCUGCAAUGCCUGCUCCAUUACCAAGUGGAGUGCCGCUGUUUAAUUUUACAGGUAGCAAAGAAUCUACACCUGAUCCUGCAACUAUUUUUGGUCAACAUAAUGCCAAUAGAAGUGCUAGUUCCACCCCAUUCGGUAAUACUAUGAACAAUAAUAUGUUUGGUCAACAAGCACAACCACAGACACAGCCACAACAACAGCCAAACAUGUUUGGUGCUACUAGUAAUCCUGCAAAUAACUCAUUUACAUUUGGUGGUGCUAAUGGUGCUCCAACUAUCAAUGGUGGUGUCCCUACACCAGUGGUGAAUCCACGUAGAAUUAUCCAACCAAGAUCUAGAAGAAGAUAA